AUGCCGACAGGAAGCUGCUUCUGGGAAACAUUAAGAUCGAGUACUCCGGGGAGCCUGCUAUGGCAGCGCUCUGCCACUGUACCGACUGUCGAAAGAUUUCAGGCGGAAACUGAGCAAACCACUUUGUCGUGCCGAGCUCCGAUUUCAAAGUCGCCCAAGGGACACUCAAGGAAAUCACCAAAACGACUGACAGUGGAAAGCCGAUCACUAAUUGCUUUCGCCCUGGACUGUGGCACCAGACUGUUCCGAUAUGGCGACACCUUCGGCAUUAUCGAUGGCGUGAGGAUCAUCAAAGCAGGUGUCUUGAACGACGUCAACAUCCUCAACAACGUCAAACCCGGCGCCGAAUUGUUUGCGCACGAGCGUACCAAUUGGGUUCCGGCCUUGCAAGGUGCCAUUUAG